AUGGAGGAGCAAUUGGUCCUUGCGUCGACGCCUGCAGACGGCGUACGCGUCCUCGCGUUAAACAGACCCUCCAAGCGAAACGCCCUCUCGCAGGAGCUCAUUACCGUGUUUCUGGAACAGCUGAACACGGCGUCCAGGGACGAUGGCGUGCGAGUCAUUGUCAUCACCGGCAGCUCUUCUUUCUUCUGCGGUACUGUACCCUGUCCUACCCAUACCCAUACCCAUACUCUCCCCCCCGGCACUUGUCGCGCUCUAACGGGAGCUGAUAUCGGGGAGAUCUCGCGGCUCGAUGCGGAAGACGCGCGGGGCUGCCGCUAUCUGGCGGACCUUUGCUCGGGGAUGCAGGCCGUGCGCAAGCCCUUGAUAGCUGCUGUUGAGGGAAUGGCGCUCGGAGGGGGCUUUGAGCUUGCUCUCAUGUGUGACCUGAUCUUUUCCGCGGACGGAAGCCGCUUCGGUCUUCCAGAAGUCAAGAUUGGUCUCAUCCCUGGCGCUGGCGGUACACAGCGUCUGACCAACGCCGUGGGAAAGUACAAGGCCAUGCAGAUGAUCCUCCUUGGCCAGCCCAUAUCAGCGGAAGAGGCCCGGUCCGUGGGUCUUCUCGCGCAGCUGUAUGAGAGCGGCAAAGUCCUCGAGCACGUUGUGAAGGAUCAUGCAUCGACGCUUGCGGCCCUGAGCCCCACGGCGCUGGGCUUGGCUAAGGAGGCUAUCUGUAGAUCUGAUGAUCUGGGGGCCGAUCAUGAGUUUGAGAGGAGUUUGUAUUACUUUGCGUUUGGGACGGGGGAUAAGCGAGAGGGUGUCAAGGCGUUCUUGGAGAAGAGGAAGCCAGAAUGGGGGCCUAGGCUCGGCACUGAGGCUGUCAACCUUUAA